CGUAAGAGGGCGCUGUUUAAGAAAACAAGCAACGGACGUGUUGGAGGAAAUCCUGUCGCGUCGAUGUGUGAGCAGGAUUUUCAUUUUUAUGGAUAUUUAUUUCAGGGGAAGUUCUUGCACAUUUUGAUAAUAGCUCAUUAAUAUAUAUGGCUUUGGGGUAUUCGUGGAGGCCUUGUGAUUCAAAUGGGAGAGACAGAAGAGCUUGACUCCAGGCAGUGGCUGACCUAACUGAUUGACUCACCGACCAGUAGCCAUGGCAGUUUCCCUGACCAGCAGACACAAGAUAGUCCUCGUUUUUCUUGGCCUUCUGCUCACCUUGACUGUUGCUAGUCGCUUCUGGUACUCCAAGCACUUGCAUGGAUUACUGUGUGCCGCUCGGACUUUUAACCAAUAUGCCUACAGUGAUGCUGACACAACACGCACCUUGGAAUCUGAUGGGUAUUUGCCAGUCGUAAUGACCGAGGUAUCCGAAGAGGACGUGGCCGAUAAAAUCACUGAUCUCAAGAACCACAUCCGCAAGCAGAGGAUAACAGAGGAGAAGCAGGCACUCGAACUGGGUAUAAUGAGCAGGCAAAUGAAAAAGCGCCUGAAAAAGCAGAAGAAUCCGUCAAUGGGUUCGGUCGCCACGCAGGUGCUGCCCAAGGCGAUUAUUAUCGGCGUGCGGAAAUGCGGCACGAGGGCGCUCUUGGAGAUGCUGGAGACCCACCCCCAGAUCGCGGCCUGCGGGCCCGAGGUGCACUUCUUUGACAAGAACUACGACCGGGGAUUGGAUUGGUACCGGAGACAGAUGAAACCCUCCGUGCCUGGCCAGAUCACCAUUGAGAAAUCGCCCUCCUAUUUUAUCACUGAAACGGCACCCAGGGACAUCCAUUCCAUGAACAAAUCCAUCAAGCUGGUGGUGAUCGUCAGGGAUCCCACCACUAGAGUCAUCUCCGACUACACCCAGAUUGCCUCCAAGGGGGUUUCCAAACUGGCCGGCUUCGAGGAGACAGUCUUAUCCCAGGGAGAGGUCCGGACGUCCUACAAAGCCGUCCAGAUCAGCAUGUACAGCAAACACUUGCAACGUUGGCUCGACUUCUUCCCACUCGCCCAAAUGCACUUUGUGGACGGGGAUAAGCUCAUCGCCAACCCAUUGCCCGAGAUGAAGAAAGUGGAAAGGUUUCUCGGGCUUCCUGAUUUCAUCUCGGAGAAAAACUUUUACUACAACAACGCCACCGGGUUCUAUUGCCUGGCGGGUGAUUUAAACAGCAAGUGUCUGUCGGCCAGUAAAGGCAGGGAACACCCGAAGGUGUCGACUGACGUGAUCCGGAAACUUCAAGACUUUUUCAGACCGUACAAUGAACAGUUCUUUAAGAUGAUCAAUCAACGCUUUAACUGGCCCUAGUUAAUCCCAUCAACUGAAGGCUGAACAUUGUUGUAUUAGAAUUUUCAAAUAGUUGACAUAGCCGUUGUGUACAUUUGAAGUAUUGUGACAAAAAUUCCAAAAUUGCUAUUUUGUCAAAAUUGAUCGGGCAAUUAUAAAGCACAAUUCAUGAUAUCCAUGAAAAUUGUAACAUAGUUUGUGCGAUACAUUCAGGGGAAAAAAAUUGACAAACAGUAUUAGUGUAAAUAGAAUAUGCCUCAAUGACGUUACUGUAUCAUGUCUCCAUUGUCAUGAAAUUAACCAUUUGUGUAAUUUAUCUUGUAAAUAUGGUAUAUAUUUUCUUGUACAUCUGCACAGCAUUGGACCUGUUUUUAUACACAAUGUAAUUUUGUACAAGAUAUUGGAAAGCAGGCACUAUAUAA